CCCCGCCGGAGCUGUGCCAAACGGGGCCUUUGUCUCCUCUGCUCCUUGCGCCGCCAAGACGAGUCGUGGCUGAACAGAACACUAGAAUAGGGGAGGGGCGGCGAUCUCCAUCUGGCGAGGAGAGCAGAGCAGGGGAGGGGAUCUUGAUCUGGAUAUUGUCAAGAAUCAGCUUUCCCUUGCGGAUGGCAUUGAAGUUUCUAGCUUCUCAAAGUUCCAAGACCUUGGUGCUAAUUCAUUAGAUACUGUCAGUCAACUGGAUAAUAUGUGUUCUCUUUUGAAGUUUUUAAUAGCCAAAUUCAACUAUUUCCGAUAAGGUCCAAGUUAACACUCAUUUAUGAAUCUUUUCAGAGUUACCUGAUACUGCUACAUAAUGUACUGCUGUUUACAGGGUUCAAAGUUGGUGUUGAGAAGCACAGCACAGAGGUCAUUGUGAAAAAAAAAAUCUGGAAGCCUGCUUAUAAAUUCUGGAAUCCAAGGAUACUCGCUACUAAAGACAACUCAGUUUGGCAGUGAUCAUUGAACUGUGUCGUUUCUGUACUUAAGCACCCUCCCUUGCCGCCGUCCGCUACCAUGGCUGAAAUCGAAACUAUCUCCAGCCUCGCCGACGCCGACGAUGUCCUGGAAAACAGGGGGAUCAAUCAGGUUGAAGGGAUCAAUCAGGUUCAAUUUCGUCUAGACGAGCAGAUAUCCCUCGUAGCUGCAACAGAAGUCAAGGUGAGGACCCGUCCUGGAAGGCUCGGAUUCAGGUUGUUAAAUCCUGAACUCAUGGAUUGCAAGUUCCAAACAAAGGUCAAGCUGGACGAGGCCUACGAGCGGAUGUUCACAGAGUGUAUGAUUGAGUGUGACCAAGAGCUCGUCCCUCUCGAGGCCCACAUCGCCGAGCUGAAGAGACUGUUGCUGCUGCCCAACAACGAGAUUGAAGAUAUCGGACCCGAUAUUAUGCAGAGGGGUCGAGGAUUGCAGCAGGUGCUGUAUCUGCAUCCACCGUUUCCUUUGUAUCCUGAGUACGAGUAUCAUCCUCCUCCGCAACCGCAAAUACCGUACCAACCAGCAUAUGCCACUGCUAAAGAAAGAGAGAAUGCAAGAUCUCGAGACCGCCGUGCUCAGAGAGCGUGGUGGCAUGCCAACCUUACUCUUCUGGAGACUAAGAAAAAGAUCUUGGAAGGGAAAAGAAUAGACCUGGAGAGAGGGCUGAGGUCUGAAAUGAGGAAAGCUUUGGAGAGUCAAUCUGACCUGGGGGCCGGUUAUACCAACUACCAUUUUCGCCAUAGAUAGGGGAGGAAUAAGCUGGUUGGAUGCAUGAUCAAUGGGAAAUCAUGUUUAGUUUUCUCCCUAGAUCAUGAUGCUUUGAACUCAAGCCCUGUUUGGAUUCAGCUAUAACAAGUUUUGUUGUGCAAGUAGUCACGUGAUGUAACAAGUUUUGCCUCAUGUUACAGAUUUUGUAAGGAUGCUUCUCUGGUAGCAAUUUAAUAUCAUGUUACAGAUUUGCAUA